GGAAGCGGACGCCACCGUGAAACUGCUCCGUGGAAAAACGCGUCACAAAUCCCGUGCUCCGCGGAACUGGGUGUUGUUGGUGACCAUUUUCCGUGGCUGUUUCGUGUUCACAGCGAGUGCCGGAUUGGUGUGUAAUCGCGUGCACAGUUGGUAGCAGUUCGAUCCCACGAAGCACAAUCUCUCGAAAACCGAUCUUUUAAUCGGAAGCGUCGUGCGUACUCUUGUAACGAAAAUGCGGCAUUAUUUGAUUAAGCGCUUCCGGUGGUGGUGGAACCCAGAACCAUAGAAGUGCAGUGGACACAUUCAGAGCGGUGCGGUAUGUUGAUGCAUCGACGGUGGUAUUGAUGGUGCGCUGUGAACCUUCAACAAGCGCAAGUAUGGUAUGGCGAUGACCACAGAGAUGGAUAAAGACAAACCAGUGACAGUGAUAAGUGCAACGAAGAAGCAGCUGAACGCCACCGGAAUGCCAGGCGAACGGGACAAGGAGUCUCCCGCGGGCGCGACUGCAGAGUCGACCGGCACAAUGGGGACUACUGCUGCCGGUGGAACCCUUAUCGUCCCGACGAUAGUGACCGAUGUUGCCGAUGGCGGCUGCGGGGACAGUGUUAGUGAGGGUGGUAACGAAAAUAAGGAAAACAAUAUCAAGCCAGCUGCCAGUGCUAGUGAUACAAAGAGCACGCCAGUGACUGCUGCUGCUGCUGCUGCAUCUGGUUCUGGUUCUGGUUCCAGCGGAGGGGGAGGAGGAGCCAGCACGAGCAAGGCCGCAAACAGUCAACCCUCAUACUCUCAUCUAUCGCAGGUGGCCCUGAAUCAGGAUGCACCCAACAUACUCGUGUAUAAGAAGAUGGAAGCGAUCGUGGAGCGGAUGCAGGGCGAAGAGGGUGGCGUUUCGGUGCGCACGAUCAAGGCCUUCAUGAGCAAAGUACCGUCCGUAUUCACCGGUGCCGAUCUGAUCUCAUGGAUCAUGAAGAAUCUCAACAUAGAGGACGUGAAUGAGGCUCUUCAUCUGGCCCAUCUGCUGGCUUCACAUGGGUAUCUCUUCCCUAUCGAUGACCAUCAGCUGACGGUGCGCAACGACGGCACAUUCUAUCGCUUCCAGACGCCCUACUUUUGGCCCUCGAACUGCUGGGAACCGGAGAACACCGAUUACGCCGUCUAUCUGUGCAAGCGCACGAUGCAGAACAAGACGCGGCUCGAGCUGGCCGACUACGAGGCGGAGAAUCUGGCCAAACUACAGAAGAUGUUCUCGCGCCGCUGGGAAUUCAUCUUCAUGCAGGCCGAAGCGCAGAGCAAGGUGGACAAGAAGCGGGACAAGCUGGAACGCAAGGUGCUCGAUUCGCAGGAGCGCGCCUUCUGGGACGUACACAGGCCGGUGCCAGGUUGUGUCAACACGACCGAGGUAGACAUCAAGAAGGCGUACCGGCGUGGCGCUUCCACACUAGGGUCCGGUUCCUCCGGUACGGCCGGAAACAGCAAUCCCAUCGAGCAGCUGACGCGUCAAAUCAAGCUAUUGAAGCUCAAGCUCGAACGGCGCACGAUCAAGAUCUCCAAGGUGGCCGAAUCUUACAUUUCAUACUUUGAGCAGUACAACGAGUACGACAGCUUCCUAACACCGCCCGACCAACCGAACCCUUGGAUUACGGACAACACGGAGAUGUGGGAUGCCGAUCGAACUGCCAAAGACGUCUCGUUGAAACGGGUGAAGCGAUGGGGCUUUAGUUUACGGGAGCUGCUGAAUGAUCCCGUUGGAAGGGAACAGUUCUCUAAGUUUCUGGACAAAGAGUUUAGCGGAGAAAAUCUCAAGUUCUGGGAGUCGGUGCAAAGCAUGAAGGCUCAGCCUCAGUCGAAGGUGAAGGAGGCGGCCCAUGCCAUCUACUUGGAGUUUCUGGCCCCCGACGCAGCGUGCCCGGUGAACGUGGACUCGAAGUCGAUGGAGUUGGCACGGGAGGCGGUCAGCAGUACGGCCCCACCGAAUCGCUGGUGCUUUGAUGUGGCCGCCGCACACGUGUACCACCUGAUGAAAAGUGACUCCUACUCACGCUACCUGCGCUCCGACAUGUACAAGGAGUACCUGAACGGAUCGAAGAAGAAGAUCAAAUCCAUACCGAACCUAUUCGGUGUGAAGCGUUAAACGCGUUUAGCAGGAGCUCGUUGUAACGGAAGAGAGAGAGGCUGAUAGCUGAAACCACAAAUCUGCCAUGUUUAUGUUUAGAGAAGGAAGGAUCGGAAUGUUAAAAGGCGUUCAAAGUUGAUCAUGUCAUGAAUUUUAAAAAGGAAUGAAUAGCCAGCGAUCAAGCAAGGCCUCUACCCCCGGAGAGAACAGCUGUUCGUAGAACGAUCGGUUGACUCGCGAGGAGAUGCGAUAGCCUGUAGUGUAAAGUAAGGUGCAUGUCGGUGCAUGUUGUGCCAUUUUCGACCGCGCUCAAUGCGACGCCAAUCGCCAGUUGAACUCAACCAAAGGUAAACCAAACUAAGGAAUUGAUGAACUUGCACUAGCCGAUUUCUCGCGUCGCCCUGAAUAGCACAAAUAUACAGUGUACGUAGGCGCAGCAAAAGUCGAGGGGAAGGAAUAUUACUUGACCGUCGUAUCGUGGCAGUGCAGGACUAUAAUGCAGGAGCAGACGGGUAUAGGAACACCCCAUUAGAUCUAUACACCCCAAAAUGGAAGAAAGGGGCGAGGAAACGCAGGAAAACAAGACAAGAGCAAAUAUUAUAUUGAAACUACGCAUAAUAUACAAGCACACCGCGCCAAGUGGCGGUGGAACGUUAUAGGAAGACCAGUGGAAAAGCACAAAGAAAAUCGAGACAUCCCGACCGUUACUGUAAGCAUUCCCGGUACCCGCCAUCGGGCGAUCGAGGCGGACAAGACAAAACUCCGGUUUGCCGAGAAGCCUCUAAACGGAGGCACAAUACCGCACAUGGCUCCCGGACGGGCGAUGGAGCAACAACCAUAAGUGAGAAGUAAUAAUAGUGGUAAAAUUAGCAAAUAGAGAGCAAAUAAAGAGAAAA